AUGCGUCCCCGCUCGCUAGCAAGCGUGAUCGGCGAUGGAGUUGCUUCUCCGGACGCCUUGGAACCUAUCGCCAUCGUAGGUUUGGCGACCCGCUUUCCUCAGGAAGCCACAAGCACAGAGCGUCUGUGGGAGAUGCUGUUGCACGCUCGCUCGGCAUGGUCUGCGAUUCCGAAAGAGCGAUUCAACGCCGAUGCCUUCUACCACCCUGACCGGGAGCAUGGGGGAACUUUCAGUGCGGUUGGGGGGCAUUAUUUGUCCGAAGACGCUGCCCUGUUCGAUGGCUCUUUUUUCAACAUCACAAAGAAAGAACUUUUAACGCUGGAUCCUCAACAACGACUCGUGUUGGAGAAUGUAUACCACGCAUUAGAGAACGCUGGCAUGCCAAUGGCCAAUACGGUGGGCUCCAAUACUUCAGUCUUCGUGACUGGAUUCAAUCAUGACUACCUCAGGAUCCUCGACUCUGACGCGGAAAUUGCUCUCAAAUACAAACCCACCGGCACAACAAAUUCAGUGCUUUCAAAUCGAGUCAGCUGGUUCUUUGACUUCAAAGGCCCCAGUAUGACAAUUGACACAGCUUGCUCUAGCAGCCUCGUGGCCUUGCAUCUGGCUGUCCAAAGUCUCCGGAGUCGAGAAUCUAACAUGGCUGUGGUAAGCGGCGUUAGCAUUCUAGAAUACCCCAAUGAAUUCAUCGGAAUGAGCUAUACGGGCCUUCUGGGGCCUUCAGGGCGAUCAUUCAGCUUUGACUCCCGAGCUGAAGGCUACGCACGAGGGGAGGGCGUGGGUACUGUGGUAGUAAAGCCUUUACACGCCGCUAUCAGAGACGGAGAUACCAUCCGCGCAGUCAUCCGCGAGACCGGGGUCAACCAGGAUGGUCGGACUCCCGGAAUCACUGUGCCCAGUGGCGAUGCCCAAGAGAGAUUGAUCCGUGAAGUGUACUGGAGAGCUGGAUUGGACCUCGAACACACCAGGUUUGUCGAGGCACACGGAACAGGCACACGAAAGGGGGAUCCAAUUGAAGCUGGUGCGCUUGCAAGGGCAUUCAAAUGUCGGCGCGACACGCCUUUGUAUGUUGGAGCUAUCAAGGCUUCCAUUGGGCAUCUCGAGGGCGGGUCUGGAAUUGCCAGUCUCAUCAAAUCCAUUCUGGUCCUCGAAUCUGGAAUCAUACCGGCAAAUUAUGACAUGCAAUCUGUCAACCCUGCAAUACCGGCCGAGGACUGGAAUAUCGCCUUUCCCACUGAAAAUAUUCCAUGGCCAUCGUCGGGCCUGCGAAGAGUCUCAGUCAACUCGUUUGGCAUUGGAGGUACCAACUCCCAUUGCAUUGUUGAUGAUGCCUAUAAUUAUCUCAAUGAGCGCCGUCUUCCAGGGAGACACUGUACCGUGACUUCCGUUCCCACGGCCCAGAAGAUCAAAAGUCGGCUCAUGGCUACAGCUGGAUUUGAAAACAGUUCCAUCUUACAAACCCAAAGCCAGUCAGAGGAUAGCGACAACUCGGGCGAUGAAGACCUCUUCAUGGGUACUCCCACCAGCGAAGGUAUCUGUGAAUCACGACUGUUCAGUGUGUCCACAUCUUCCGAUCUUAUUGAUCCGCCAAGAAUAUUCCUACUCUCAGCCUUUGACGAGGAAGGCGUUGAGAGAAACGCAUCCGCACUCGCAAACUACUUGAACAGGCGAAUGAAUAAGGAAUCUAUCAAUGGUCCUAUCCUCGAAGAUCUUUCAUUCACCUUGUCCAAGAAAAGAUCUGUUUUCCCUUGGAAGAGCUUCAUCAUGGCCUCUUCUGUCAAUGAGCUUGCUUGGAAUCUGUCAGAAAGCAACUUUGGCAAGCCUUCGCGAGUGACAAAGCCCCCAGAACUGCAUUUCGUAUUCACUGGCCAGGGAGCUCAGUACCAGACAAUGGGCCGAGAGCUCAUGAUUUACCCAGUCUUCCAAGAAUCCGUGGAUAACGCAUCUGACUAUGUACGCCGGUUGGGUAGUCCAUGGUCAUUGAUCGAGUCACCUCGAGUCAACUUGCCAGAAAUAGCUCAGCCCCUCUGCACAGUCCUACAAAUUGCUCUGGUGGAUCUCAUGGCAAGCUGGAAUAUCUUCCCCACAAGUGUGAUUGGACAUUCGGCCGGUGAGAUUGCAGCAGCUUACUGCGCCGGUAGAAUCUCGCGUGAGGCUGCCUGGAAGGCUGCGUACUACCGCGGCUACACAUCAUCCAAACAGCUCUCUGCAAACGGGACAAUGAUGGCUGUGGGGCUCGGUGCAUCUCAGAUUGAGCGCUACAUCGAAUUCGUGCGAGAGGCUCAUACUGGUGAACUUAUCAUUGCUUGUCACAACAGCCCAGCAAACAACACAGUUUCAGGCGAUGAAGCUAUGAUUGACAGCCUCAAGGCAAUGCUCGAUGUUGAUGGAACUUUCGCCAGGAAGCUCAAUGUCAAAAAUGCGUAUCACUCUGCUCAUAUGAAGGUGGUUGCCGGUGACUACCUCGAUCUCAUGGGCACACUCCCAGAUGGGAAGCGAUUGGUGGCUCCGAAAAGAGUGCGCAUGUUCUCCACGGUUACUGGAGAAGAGACGCAAGAGGACGAUCUGACUUCACAAUACUGGGUCAACAAUAUGGUAUCUCCAGUUCGCUUUAGCAGCGGUCUGAACAAAAUGAUGUCCAAACCAGGCCCGGUACAUGGUGAAUCGGAGCCCACGAGCCUCAUUGUUGAGAUUGGACCUCAUUCCACGCUGCAGAGUGUGAUAAAAGAGACACUGGCCGCGAGUAAUCCGAACUCUGAGUUCAGGUACUUGUCGGUUCUGAAACGGACAGAGAGAAAUCUCAACACGCUACUCACUACCGCUGGAUCUCUGGCUUUGAGUGGACUCCCGGUAGAUUUCCAUCUUAUUAACCAAGCUUUCGAGUCUGGGAAACGAAGACGCCCGAAGCUCUUAGUGGACUUGCCAUCAUACAGUUUCAAACACACAGAGAAGGUUCUUUACGAAGGCCGAUUGAGCAAGAAUCUUCGAGCUCGGAAGCAUGCUCGCCAUGACCUGUUCGGUGUACCGAUCACGGAUUGGAACCCCACAGCUCCCAGAUGGAGACACUUCUUCAGACUGCAUGAGAAUCCUUGGCUCAGGGAUCAUAUGGUCACUGGUAAUUACAUCUACCCGGGUGUGGGCUACCUGAUCAUGGCAAUCGAAGCAUCCAGACAGUUGGCAGGCGAGGCAAAAGUUACAGCCUUUCAGUUGCGGCGAGUCCAAAUCAAAAGGGCGAUGGUUAUACCAGACACCAAAGAAGGAAUCGAGGUGUCACUGUCAAUGGCCACUGUGGAGGACCCCUCGUCUGAGUCGAAGGUAUGGCGACGAUUCCAGAUCACCUCCUACAAUGUCUCGAGUGAAGAAUGGACGGAACAUUGCACUGGUUAUAUCACAACGACCUAUGAAGCGCCUUCAGAGCUCUUGGACAACGGCCGCGAAGCUGAGGAAGAAAUCUUAUCAUGGAAAGCCGACCUUGCGGCUGCAAAGCAGACUUGCAACAAAGCUGUGAACUUCAAAAACACAUACAACGAUCUUCAAACAUCAGGGCUUCAUUUCGGUAGCCUAUUCCGCAACCUCGAUGAAGUUCGAGCUAGUGGUGCCGGGCUGGGAAGGACGGUUGGGUCAGUGACCGUCCCCAACAUCCAGGCGUCCAUGCCGAAACAGUUCAUACAUUCUCAUUUAAUACAUCCCGCAACAAUGGACAGCAUGAUUCAUAUGAUGAUUGCAGCACUUCUCGACUUGACAGGCCAAACCACACUCGAUCGGAUUCGAUUGCCGACUUUCAUUCGCGACGUUUGGAUUUCAGCCGAUUUGAAUUCAACGCCCUCGCAAAGAUUCACAGGUCAUGCAUCUGUACGCCACUCUCAAUCUGACAAAUGUGAAGGCCAGAUUCGAAUGUUGGAAGAAGGCUCGAAUGGUCAUAUCCGCAUGGAUGGCAUCGAGCUCACUCCGUUGGAAUCGGGUCUUGCUGAGACUAAUGAGCGAAAGCUAUGCAGUAAGAUUGAGUAUUUGCCUGAUAUUCAUUUCCUCGAGUCGGAGGCUGCUUGUGAAUUUACUGCUCUGGCGGUGACUGAUGAGACUGAGGACUUGUACUGGGUGAAACGUCUUCAGCUGGUGACCAUGAUCUACGUUACAGAUGCAUUGGCUGCGUGCAAAGACAUUGAUGUUCAAAGUCUGGACUUCCAUCUACAGAGAUACGUUCACUGGAUGAAGCAUUUGAACGAGAGACUUGUCCGAGAUGAGAUCAUCCAUCUACCCUACAGUGACUUCCAGGCAGUUGCUCAGGAUGAGGCCUUGAAAGAGGCCCUUGGCCGAGAAGUUGAAUCGCACAACGCCGAAGGAGCCAUCACCGUCCGAAUGGGCCGACACAUUUCACAGGUUCUGAAAGGGCAGAUUGAUCCUCUGGACCUCAUGUUUGGCCAAGACUCUGUAAUGGAACAAGUCUACAAAGAAGGCCUUGACAUCUUCAAUCUCCCUCAGCAUCUGCGAAGUCAUCUGUCUCUCAUCCGUCAUCAAUCCUCGGAGCUUAAUAUUCUUGAGAUUGGCGGUGGCACUGGCAGCUUGACUGCUGAAGUGCUAGGAAUCUUAUCCCCAGACCCAGCCAAGGGCAGAGGAAACAUCGUCAGCUACACUUUCACCGACAUUUCAUCCGGGUUCUUCGAGAAAGCGAAACAGCGAUUCCAGUCGUGGUCGGAUGUCAUGACUUUCAAGCCACUCAACAUAGAGCACGGAGCUGUUGAACAAGGUCUUGAGUUGAAUCAAUAUGACCUGAUCUUUGCUGGGAAUGUCAUUCAUGCAACGAAAGAUCUACAAGACGCAUUGCAGAAUCUGAGGGCUUUACUCAAGCCGGGUGGACAGCUCAUCAUGCAAGAAGGAAUCCGUCAAGAUUUCCUCUGGUAUCCGGUUGUUUUCGGACAGCUACCUGGUUGGUGGCUGGGUGAUGAACCUUGUCGCCAGUGGUGUCCGUAUAUCAAGACCGAAGAGUGGAAUGAGUAUCUGAUCAAAGCCGGCUUCUCUGGUGUGGAGAUCGAAUACCCAAGUUCGAAAAAUCCAGAUUUGACUUGGCAGAGCAUUUUGAUUGCAUCGAAUCCUGAAGCUCCUUCAGAGAUGCCUGUGAUGGAUGCAUUCAUUGUGACGACGCUGGCAGCUAAUAACCAGCUUGCUUUAUCUCUUCAGUCGUCUUUGAAAGAGAUGAAAUAUCGCCGUGUUGAGGUUGUUUCAACGUCGGAACUUAGUCCGUUCCUAUCCAAUGCUCUAUGUGUAUCUUUGGUCGAUCUGGAGUGCCAAUAUCUCGCUGAGAUGGAUGAAGCUCAGUACAACGAGCUCAAGCGAUUACUCAAUGGGCCGAAGAAUCUGCUUUGGAUCACUCAAGACCCUCAGAAAAAUCCUCAUUCGAACAUGAGUAUGGGUCUGCUUCGCACGGUGCGUUGGGAACGAGAUUCGGAUGGCUCCAAUAUUGUCACCUUGACUGUGCCAUCGCAAGAUCAGAUCGCGUCAAACCAAGCACGACUUGUCAAGAACAUCACCGAUAUUGUCAAGUUGCAAUUCUGGAACCAAUCACAGUCUGAUCGCCACGCAGAAUAUCUUCUGCGAGAUGGAAUCAUCCAAGUUGGCCGCCUGACGGAGUCGGAUCCUGCUGAUGAGUUCCUCGGUACACGAUCCUCCAAGCUAUACCCCAAGCUUCGACGCUUCGACGAGAUCUCUUACCCCAUUGAGCUCCAGAAGAUUGCAACUGGCGAUGAUGGCUAUCACUGGGUUGCAGAUCUCCAGCAUGAAACUGCACUGCCAGAGGAUGAGGUUGAGAUUGAGGUCCACGCAGUGGGUUUCAGCUCGCAUUCUUCUGGUGAAUUCCUCUCCACUGAAGCUGCUGGAAUUGUUACAAAUAUUGGGUCCAAAGUUGAGAGUACACUUCUCGGUCAGAGGGUUGCUUUCCUUUCUGCUUUGUCUAAAGGGGGUCGUUGUCGGACGCACGAGCGAGUGAACCACUCCCUUGUCUCUCAGAUCCCCGAUGGAAUAUCCUUUGAAGUCGCUGCACAGCUAGCCUCGCCUUUUGCUACAUCUGUUCAUGCACUGAUCAAUUCUGCCGCGCCGUCUGCGGAGGACUCAAUUUUGAUCCACGACGGUGCAUCAGCCCUGGGUCAAGCGGCGAUUCAGUGUGCCCGGAUAUCUGGCGCCACUAUCUACACGACUGUUGGGACCAGGGAAGAUCGAGAUCUUCUGAUAUCUGAAUACCUGAUUCCCAAACAACACAUCUUCUCAAAUAAAGAUUUGAUGUUCGCAAAGGGCGUCAUGCGAUGUACUCAAGGCACUGGAGUCGACGUGAUUUUCAGCACGAUGACCGGCGAGGCGCUUCGAGAGACAAUGAAAUGUCUUGCACCGCAUGGGGCAUUUGUCGAUGUUUCACCUCAAGAUUUACGAGCCGAUACUUCAGUCGAGCUAAGCACCCUGUCACAGAAUGCCAGCAUUCGCAAAGUCGAUAUGUUCUCAAUGUCCGAAUCUCGGCCUCGGAUGGUUCGCAAUCAACUCGACACGGUUUUCAAACUGUAUUCUGAAGGGAAGAUAGCUCAGAUACGCAGGUCUACGAUCAUGAAUUUCUCUCAGGUCACAGAGAGCAUUCAGAGCAUCCAGAUGGGACGCCUGGCAAAGGUUGUUCUCAUCCCCAAGCCUUCUGAUUUGAUUUCGGCUGUUCCGAAGCCAAUCAUUCCGUACCAAUUCGACCCCGACGCCAGCUAUGUUCUUGCUGGUGGAUAUGGUGGCCUAGGGCGCAGUCUGGCCAGAUGGAUGGCAUCCCGGGGCGCAAGGAAUUUGAUCAUGUUGUCGCGGACGGCUGCAUCAAGUCCCGAGAAGCGGGAAUUGGCUGUCGAUCUUGAAAAGAUGGGCUGCAAGAUCAUUGACCACUCCUGUGACAUUUCGGACAUUUCCACCCUGCAAGCGCUAUCUGAGGACCAAUUCUCACAUCUGCCGCCCAUCAAAGGGUGUAUCCAAGCAUCUAUGGUCUUGAAGGAUGGUCUCUUCGCUGGAAUGUCUUUCGAUGAUUGGCAAGUCGCCAUCAAGCCCAAGGUCCAGGGCUCCUGGAACCUGCACACAGUCCUCCCUAACAACAUGGAUUUCUUCGUCAUGCUUUCCUCCGUAGCAGGAAUUAUGGGCAACCGAGGCCAAGCCAACUACGCGGUCGGCAACACAUUCCAAGAUGCCCUAGCUGCCUACCGAGUCUCCCAAGGCCUAAAAGCAUCAAGUAUCAACCUAGGCAGCGUAUCCAAUGUUGGCUGGGUAGCCGAGAACAGAAACUCCAUGCGCACCCACACAGCUCCAUUAUUCGAAAUGCUUCGCGAAGACGAAGUCCACGCUGCCUUUGAAUACCUAAUCGAUCCUCGCCAUGGAAUCAAAUCCCCACAGCCAGCACAAUUAGUCCUUGGUCUUCCGACUGCGGAAAUCUGUCGACAAAAUGGGAUUCCGGCACCUACUUUCCUCGAUUAUUCGAUGUUCACUCAUCUUCGUGGUACAUCCGCCAUUAAGGGUGGUGGUGUCGUUGAGCAAAAGGCCGUUAGCACGGGGGCUCGUCUUGCGGUGGCCUCUCGGAUCGAUGCUGUGGCAAUUGUUUCGAAUGGAAUAGUGGAGAAGCUGGCUUCUCUACUUGCCACUCCUGCUGCGGAAAUUGAUGUCCAUCGUUUCGGGUUUGGGGGCAUUGAUUCUCUUGUUGCGAUGGAGUUCCGAUACUGGAUUGUUAAGGAGCUUAAGGCUGAUGUUUCUCUCUUGGAUAUUAUUGGGUCGGAGAAUAUUCAGGCGCUGAGUGGGAAGAUUGCCGUGAGGAGUCGGUUGGUUGGUUCUGAGGUGUGA